AUGGCAGGUCCAGUCUACUCGAGCAUCGAAACCAAGCUGACGGAGGCACUACAGCCGACUGUUCUGGAGAUUGUAGACGAGAGCUAUAAGCAUGCCGGUCAUGCUGCUAUGAAGGGUUUGAAGCCAGUUGAAACGCACUUCAGGGUAACGGCCGUUUCGUCAAAGUUCGAAGGCAAGCGUCUCGUACAAAGGCAUCAGCUAGUGUACGAAAUCUUGGGACAGGAGCUGAAGGAGGGUUUGCAUGCGCUGUCGUUGUCGACAAAGACGCCUGAGGAGUAUCAGAAGUGA